AUGAAAAUUUCAAUCCGAACCACUCUGUUGAUAAUAUCAGUAUGGGCAACACAGGCAUAUGGCGUUAGGCAACUCCCAAAGAGAACGGCCUCUAUCUCAUACAAUGAAACAUCAACGAGUUCCGAAGCAUCGACCACCACUCUUGAAGCCAGUCUCGAAUGCUGCUAUCUCUCGUCAUUUCAAGUCGGCCAAGUUCUAUGGUAUUCUGAAAGCAUCAAUGUUACUGUAGCCACUGUCUCUACUAUCGUAUACAAAUAUGACGACACAGCCAUUACGAGUAUUCAGACCAUUCCUACAAACUUUACAGCCCCAUCGAAACCCAUAACGCGAUCAUCCAUUAAUGGUCUUCCUACAACCAUUAUUGGGACUGAUUUGGGGGUUUACGGAGCCGAGACAACCUUCAUUCAUGGUACCGCUUUCACCGAUCCUUAUGGAACAGUCUAUGAAUCGCCAACACCUGUUUGGGUAUAUACAGAUGUCAUAUAUGCAACUGCAUCACCGACAACAAAGUAUGGCUCAUACGCAUGCCCUCGUCCGAGUGACAUCAAAAGCUCAUCUGGCGAUGAAAUUUCUCCUUAUCCCUCCGGGUUCUUUCUUGCCGACGAAGAUACAAACUACGGCUGGAACUCACCAGGAGCUUUCUCAACAACAUUGCCAACACAGUUGCGUAAUUGGAUGGUUAGUUAUGCCGCAUCAGAUAAAUCAGACACCCUAACAAACCUUGGAAAUUGUAAACUGGGUGCUGGACGAGGUGUUCCUACCGCCUUUGUCCCCUUUAAUGAAAUCACAGCUACUAUCACUACUACAUCAAUUAUGAGUGCGAACUAUGGUACCGAUAUUGUUGCAAGUCCAACCAGCGAGACAGCUGAAUCAUCAACAUCCGCAUCAUCUAUAAUAUCGUCCACUACUUCGACUCAUACUACGACCUCAUAUUUCACUCGCUCAAUCACUAAAACCUCCACUACUACAAGUACCAAAGCAGCAAUAUUAUCAAGCAUCCAAACAACAAUUUCGGCAGUGAACGCAGCCGUCAUAAACACAAUUACCUCGACGCCGGUCGAAACACCCUCUUCCGUUUCCAAGGCAUCAAGCACUGCAUCUACAACCUCCCUCUAUAUAAUGGCGGGUGAUGAAACAAUGGUACAGAAUAAGACGGUGGCAGGAAGUGCAACUACAUCUGCAAUUAGUGGAGGAGGAUUAGGAAAAAUUGUGGUGGUUAUGGAUUGGGCUAGUACGAGUACUUCAGAGGGGGUUUUGGGGGCUCAGACUGGAACAACAACGAUACCAGCGUUGGCUGAUAGCACAGUUGCGGGGGUGGUGCAGAGUUCGAAGACGUCUGAGGGGAUUCUAGGGAGGAAGACUGAUAUUGUGUGGUUGGGUAGUACGAUUUUGGUGGGUUUGGUUGGGGCUCUGGGUGAUAUGAAUGAUGCCUCCUCCAAAGUCAUGGAUUUUUGGCAACGCUUGAUAGCGGGCACAUCGCUCGCGCCAGCUGGCAGCAAGGUAACGUUGAACAAUCCGGAAAAACGACUGGCGAGGUUCAAGAGGGAAUAUAAUCGUCUUUUGCAAUUAUGGCGCAAUGCGACAGAUCUGUCUCGAGACUAUGACGCUGCGGAACAAAUACGCAUUUGUCUGUCUGAAAUCACUCGAGUGCUCGGCGAUGAGUCUCGUCGUCCUUUACCACAUCCUUGCAUAGCUUUCGCGGCGGAAAAACAAAUCUACAUCUCGAUUGGGAAGAUAGCUACGACGUCGUAUAAUGAGGGGAUUAUUAGGGAGGCGGUAUCUCUCUUUGCUGCGUUGCUUGAUAGCGAGGAGGAGAAUUUCGUCGAGAAUGAUGUCUUUGCCAAAAGUCUUAUGAAUUUAUUGAUUCGGAUUACCGGGUCGAAUAAUAUCAAUCUGGGUUCGGAAUUGGCGGUCGAGGUGGUGGAGCUGUCAUUCAAUAUCACGACCAAGAUCAGACUUGACCCGGAAAUUUUGCCGGUUUGGUUUACUUCGCAACGAAGAGAUGAGGAUGUUGCAAAGGGAUAUACGGCGGAUCCGCAUGAGAAGUUUGCGGGAAAGACACACAAGGAGGAUUUUCAACUAUUCUAUCUGUUGAUUGAUUACAUUCAUGAGGAAGGGAGAUGUGGUGAUUUUGCGAGGACAGGUCUUCUUUAUAUUAUCGAAGCGGCAUCGAAUGAUGUGGCACUGGAGCAAUGGAUUGUUGAGAGUGAUUUGGCUACUCUCAUGGCUACGGGACUUGGUGCUCUUUACAGUCAGCUCAGUCGAAAACUUGUUAUUGAUCAUCCUCCGGAUGCAUUACCUCCUGUUCUAGCUCUUUCGGAUUAUCGGCAUCCUCUUACUACACAUGAGAUUGUGAGCUCGGUCGAUGAGGACUAUCAAUCGCAUAUGGAAACGUUCCUUUCACAUUUGGUCUUCUGGCAGGAUGUUCUGAAUCAUUGCAAAUCUAUGGAGGUGAAACAGACACUUCUGGAGCACUUUCAGGUCAUCUUUCUACAACAAUUACUAUAUCCAUCUUUACUCGAAUCUUCAGAUGUCGAUGGAGGUUCAUCGGUUGCAGUAUUGACAUAUUUACGACGGAUUCUAGAAUCUUUAGAUCAUCCUGAUAUGAUUCAUCUUAUCCUUCAUUACCUUCUCGCUUUACCUGAUACCACACCAGCGCCUUCAGGCUCGAAAGCUUCUGUGAGCGCAGCGAGGAAACGAAAGUCUUUAGAUCUUGCAACUCUAGUUGCUCUGCAAGUAGAAGGAGGUGCCCCUGCAUUAUACAAUCUGGUGGAUCUUAUUUUAGGCAGUUUACGAUCAAAAAGUUCACAGACUGUAACCGUUACGUUGCAGCUUUUAUCCGUUAUUUUGAAACGACAUCAUCGAUACGCUGUGACCACACUACUUCGAACAGGUCAUGUAUUGGGUGACGGACCGCAACGUUCUAUUGCAGCUCAUGAAAGAGAGAUUGAGUGUUUACUCACAAUGGCCGAGGAUCUGGGCGGCGAGGAUAACUUUGAUGAUGUUUAUGAGAAUCAUAUCAAAGAUAGUAUGAAUACCUUGGAAAGUCACUCCUGUUCCAUUGCGCUUGUUGCGCCUAAAUCAGCUAGCGGAACUUCUAAAUUUCCAGGUUCUCAGGCGACAAUUCCUGGUGCGCCGAGAGAUAUUCGUCCACAUACUUUGAGACCUGAAGAUCCGGUUCUUAUGACUUUACUCGAUAUUUUGUCGACAUUUUUCAUGAAUUCGGUCGAAACAAACCUUUCUUUGACGGCCGCAAUUAUAGAUUUGGCCACAUGUGGUUAUAUGAGUGUUGAUGGAUGGCUUCUACCUGACCCUUCGAAAUAUGUAUAUGAAGAAUCUGAAGAAGGUAGAACUGAUGAAAUUGUGGACGAUCUUCUUCUCGCUAACAUAGGAGAUCCGGAUGAAAUUUUGGAGAAGGCACAAAUUCGUGCGUUAAAACUAACACAACGUCGUCUCAAAUGGUCAGAAACACCAAAACCCGAAUUACUUACCAGACUUGAUACGUUGGUCGAUCAAGUUAAUAGUUAUCGAACCGAAAUUCCUCGAUUUGAGGAUAUACUUCAACAACGUCGUGAUGCGUUCCAACAAGCAGCAUCUAUGACCACUCCAGUUCGUCAUCGACCUAGAAGUUACCGUGAAUCAUCCGCUCACACAGAAUCACCCCCUCGUCAAUCAGCCCUCGAUAAAGUAGCUCAACGUAUCUUCUCCGGGGACUUCAACACUCCUUCUAGAUCAGGGUCUCCACAAACUCGCGGUCGUCCGGCAAAUCCAAAUCGUGAACAAGGAAGUGCGAGUGGGAGUCAUGGAUUCUCUACUCCUACAAAUCGUACGUUGAAUCCGCCACCUCAAUUUCUAUCGAGUGCGGAAUCACCCAGUAGAGGGAGUUCACAAACGAGAAGUCAGGAGGAGGAGAGGAGGGAGAGAGUUGUUGUGCCUAGUCAGGCAGCGGCAUUUGCGGCUAUUGAUCAGGGGAUUUUGAAUAGGAGAGUGGGGAUCCCGGAGAGGGUUAAGAGAGAUGAGGUGGUGGCGAUACCGUUUCCAGAUCUCAAGGUUGCUAAAAAGAGGAUGGGGGAGAGUGGGGAUAGGGGUGAGAGGGAAGUGGAAGUGGAAGCGGAAGUGGAAGCGGAAGCUUCGGAAACGAAGGAUGGAGCGGUGGAAAGUAAAACUUUGGUGGAGAAUUUUGAGAUGGAUGGCAGUGGGAUGGAGGGGAGUGGCGGUUCACAGGGGAAGGAGGAGAUGAAGGAGGGAGAGACGGAGGUAGUGAUGGAUGCAGAGGGAGAGAAAGAAGAUAAAAAGGUAAGCGUAAGUCAUAUUCUGACGAAUGUUAUUGUGUUGCAGGAGUUUUUGUUGGAGUUGGCGGCGUUGGUGCAGGUUAGAGCGGGACUUUUUGGGGAGGUUAAGUUUGUUUAG